UAUUGGGAGCCUGAUGUUGAUAAAGUUAAAGCGCCCGGCGCCCUGCAGCAUGAGCCCCUCGCCGCGCCGCCUCCUCCGCCAGCAGCACCCCCGGCCCCAGCCGCCCCGCCGCCAGCGCCCCCAGCCCCGCCGGCACCCCCCGCCCUAGAGCCGCCCCCAUGAUGGACAGCCGCAUCCUGGAGCAUCCUCAUGCCCAGUUCGGGGGGAUGGUGGGUUUCCCUUACCCGCUCGGGCACCACCACGUCUACGAGCUGGCCGGGCACCAGCUGCAGUCGGCGGCCGCCUCCGUGCCCUUCUCCAUCGAUGGAUUACUGAGCGGCUCCUGCGCCGCCUCCGUGGUCAACCCGGCGCCGCUGAUCCCCUCCGGCUGCGGGGUGAGCGGGGACAGCCAGCCCUUCAAGCUCGCAGACUCGGGUGACCCGGACAAGGAAAGUCCUGGCUGUAAAAGAAGACGAACCCGCACCAAUUUUACUGGCUGGCAGCUCGAGGAGCUGGAAAAGGCGUUUAAUGAGAGCCAUUACCCGGACGUGUUUAUGCGAGAGGCUCUGGCUCUCAGGCUAGACUUGGUGGAGUCCAGAGUGCAGGUCUGGUUCCAAAACCGCCGGGCCAAAUGGAGAAAGAAAGAGAACACGAAGAAGGGCCCGGGGCGGCCGGCUCACAACUCUCACCCCACGACGUGCAGCGGGGAGCCCAUGGACCCCGAGGAGAUCGCCCGGAAGGAGCUGGAGAAGAUGGAGAAGAAGAAGAGAAAGCACGAGAAGAAGCUACUCAAAAGCCAAAGCCGCCACCCGCACUCUCCCAGCGCCCUCUCCCUCCACAGCACGCCCAGCUCCGACAGCGACAGCGGCGGCGGGGGAGGCCUCUCGCCCGCCCCGCCUGAAGCCAAACCCCGCGGGCAGCCCCCGCCGCCCCAUCCGCCGCUCCCCGCCGCCGCCGCCCCCUCCGAGCCGCCCCCCGGCACCUGCGACCAGACGGCCGAGCCCUUCUACCCCAGCCAAAGAAGCGGGAGCGGGCGGCUCCAGCGCCCGCCCGACAAGGACUGCGCGGCCGCCCCGUCGGGGGACGGCAGCGGGGGCGCGGGGGGGCCCCGCGGCGCCGGCAGCUUCCACAAGCUCAACCCGUUCAGCGUGGAGAGCCUCCUCUCCGACUCACCGCCCCGCCGCAAGGCCGCCCCGGACUUCCCCAGCCUGCCCCCCUGCGCCCCCCGCACCCUCAUCGGCAAAGGACACUUCUUGCUCUACCCCAUCACCCAGCCCCUGGGCUUCCUCGUCCCGCAGACCGCCCUCAAGGCCAGCCCGGGCCCCGAGGCCGGCCAGCCCCCCCGGGACUCCCCGCUGCCCGCCGCCAACCCCGGCCCGCCCGGCUGCGGCGCGGAGCCGGCGCCCGCGGGUGCUCAGCCCGGCCCCGGCUCCACGGACACGGCGGCGACCGCGGCGGGGUCGGUGCCCCCCGCGCCGGCCGGCGCCUCGCCCCGUUCCGCGGCCGCGCACGGUGACCCGGCGGCGGCCGCCCCCGCGGAAGGCGGCAGCUUCCCCCGGCCCGAAUCGCCGGUCCGGGCGCGGGACGCCAGCACAGCCAGGGACAGAUCGGACUGCGGCCCCGCCGACGGCGAGGAGGUGGACAUGGACUGACCGGGCGGCUACAACGAAAAAAAAAAAAAAAAAAAAAAUUGAAACAAAAGUAAAAUAGAAAAAAAAAAAAAAAGAGAGCAAAAAUAAAAGCAGCCGAGAUCGUCACCGCCACCCCCCGCGCCCGUCACCCGUGAGAAACGGGGGGAAGCGCUUCCCCGCUCACCCCACGCACGCCGCGCCCGCAGCUCGCGGGAGGCCGCGACACAGCCGAGACAGCGGCUCUUCGUCUCCCUAGAGUUUAUCACAGGUCGAUUCAGGUGAUCAGUUAGAGCUUUUUGGGUUUUAUAUUUAAAAUGAAAAAAAAAAAAAAAGAAAACGGGGUAAAAAAAAAAAAAAAGAAAAACAAAAAAAAAAAAAAAGAAAAUUGUUUGUUAAGGCUUAGCAGCAGCUGGACUUUGUGGUGUGACAAACUGUACCGCGACAACAACGGAACUCCUCAGAACCCUUGUAAAAUGCAAAAAUGUCUAAGAAUAUUUAUAUAUGUAAAAUUUUUGAUAAAUAAAGGCUCUAAAACUCGCUGCCGCCUGGUCUGGCUGUGUGACUCUUCCCUCUCUUUUUACGUUUUUUUCCUUUUUUUUUUUUUCUUUAAGCCCUCUUUGUGUGUGUGCGUGUGUGUGUUUAUUGCUUAACAAAUUUAUUCAUUUAUAGCCUCCCGGUGCCCACCCCUCCCAUCCGAGGUUAGGAGCUGCAGGCUACGGGACCCGGCCAGCUCCUGCAGAGUUUUGAUAUGAAAGUAAUUAUUUUCCCGGUGGCUGCUGCGGGGAUUCAGUUUCUUGCCCAAAGGGUUAUUAUACAUUACCGAUUUCUAGUGAUAUGAAAUCACAUAAACUUCC